UGGCAGGACCAGCAUUUUUGCACCGGCGUCCUCCGUGUCUUCUCCUCCAACCUCUCCGCCACUCCUUCAACGACGACGAUGCACAGCUCCACCGCCAGACGACCUGGGCGCGGUUCUCGGCGGCACCGGAGCUCCCGCCCGGACGGAAACUGGAGAACCAAGCCUCUUGGCGGCGGCGGCGGCGGCGGCGAUGACCACGACGGUCGAUCGCAGUUGGAGUCUCCCGAACCGGAGAUCGAUCACGAGUCUCUCCCCUCCACUUCUCUGCGAGAGCCUCGCCCGAGGCUCCGAGGGUCCGGGAAUCCGCGGAGCCGCCGGUGGGCGCCGCGCGAUCGGUCGGGAGCUCGGUCCGCCGGGAGCUCCGACGUGGACCGGGCGGAACCGGAGCUGCCGAGCUCGUCGGGCCUCGAGGAGAGGAAGGCGAGCGGCGCCGACGCGGUUAGGCCGGGCUCCGGUGAGAAGGUGGGCGGAGACGUGGCGCCGAAUGAGAGGGAAGCGAGGGAGGCGAGUGGGGACGUGGACGGUGUUGUGGCGGAGCUGGAGGAGUUGAGGCUGGGGAUGGAGGAGCCGGAGUUGGAGGAAGAGCAGCUGAAUUCCAACGAUCAAUUGCAGGAGGACGAGUUGCUUGUGAUGGAGUCAAUAUAUGGAGAUAAUGUCUGUAUCCUUGACAGAAGGUGGGGUUCUCGGUUGUUCAAGAUUUAUAUUGACGUCAAGGCUGCUAGUGAAAUUACAGUGAUUGCUAGGCUGAAUCCAUCCAAUGAUCUCAAUAUCACAAGUGGCAAUUCAGAUGGCUUUUCUUACUCUUUCAAAGUCCAGCACCUUCCUCCAAUUGUGCUGACAUGUCUAUUACCUAAGUCGUACCCCAGUCAUGUUCCUCCUUGCUUUACCAUCUCUGUCCGGUGGUUGGCUUCCAUUAAAAUCUCUAGUUUAUGCUCCAUGCUUGACUCUAUAUGGCAAGAACAACCAGGGCAGGAAGUUGUAUAUCAUUGGGUGGAAUGGCUGCAGAGCUCCUCGCUUUCUUAUCUCGGAUUUGGUGAAAAAAUAGAGCUUGGUCCUUAUGGAGUAAGAGGAAACGGAGAUAAGCGUGCAAUUUCAGGAAUUGUCUCUCCCGAUGUCGAUAUUCCCGUAAUUAGGAGUUAUAAUGAUGACAAGUGCCACGAGAACUUCUUGAAGAACUUGCAUGAAUGCUGCAUAUGUUUCAGUGAGUAUGCAGGGACGGAGUUCAUCAAAUUGCCAUGUCAGCAUUUCUUCUGCUCGAAAUGCAUGAAGACUUGUUCUGAUUUGCAUGUCAAGGAAGGAACAGUAUACAAGCUUCAGUGUCUUGCUUCGAAAUGUGGGGGUGUGGUCCCACCCAGUUUGUUGAAACGGCUACUUGGUGAUGAAGAGUAUGAGCAUUGGGAGUCUCUAAUGUUGCAAAAAUCCCUUGAGUCAAUGUCUGAUGUAGCAUACUGCCCCAGAUGUGAAACACCGUGUAUAGAGGAUGAAGAUCAACAUGCCCAAUGCUCAAAAUGCUUCUUUAGCUUUUGUACUCUUUGCAGGGAGAAGCGACAUGUAGGCGUUGAAUGUAUGACACCAGAAAUGAAACUGCGCAUCUUGCAGGAGCGCCAAAGUUCAUCCCAACUUAAGGAUGAACAAAAACUAAGGGAGCGUGAAUUAAUCAAUGAACUUUUAAGUGUGAAGGAAAUCAAUAAGAUAGCCAAACAAUGCCCCUCUUGUAAAAUGGCAAUCUCUCGAACUGAAGGUUGUAACAAGAUGGUAUGCGAAAAUUGUGGGCAGUACUUUUGUUAUUCCUGCAAUAAGGCAAUUGAUGGAUAUGAGCAUUUCAGGGAUGGAACAUGUGAACUUUUUCCAGCACAAGAGAUUCGGCAAUGGGAAGAGCAAAUGAAUGCUCGCCAGUUGGUGGGUCAGGUUCAGGCUGAACUUUUUCCUAAUCAUGGCCAAACAUGCCCCAAUUGUCGUCAGUUUAAUGCGAAGAUUGGCAACAACAACCACAUGUUCUGCUGGGCAUGUCAGACACACUAUUGUUACCUAUGUAAGAAGAUUGUGAGGCGUGCUUCUGAGCACUACGGGCCCAAAGGAUGCAAGCAGCAUACUGCAGGAUAGUCUUUUAAGUGAAUCCUUGGGAUAAUGCAAAUUGUGGUGCUUGAAGUUAGACGAUCUCAUCUCUGGCAGAUUUUUCCUGGGCAGCGAGUUCUUGCAUUUGAUUCUUGAACAGAAUCAAAAUCAUAAAGAAUUAUUAUAAGGAGCAAAGUAUAAAGGUUGCUUCCAGCGUUAUUCUCCACUGUGGAGUGAGUAGUUGCAUUUUUUUUUAGCGACAGAGUCAAUGGGGUUGCUGAUUGGAACACAGAAAUAACGAUUAUCAAUGAUAUGUUCAUUUUGGAGAUUUGAUCUCA